UUUAUUUAGUAAACAAAACUGAACUGCAACAAACAAUGAAAGCUAAAAGUUUUUGCAAUCCAAAUAUCUUCUUGUCAUUCAUUUUUAAUAUUGAGUUGCAGCCCCGGGCAUCGGCUCGGUGGCGGAAGCAGCAAUACCGGCGGUGACCUGAUAUAAGUUUUGCUUGCAUUUUACGGUGAGCAUGGCUUUUCUCCGAUCAGAUUUGAAGCCGGAGGAAGAUCAUGGAACUACAGUCAUCGCCAUUGAUGGAGACAAGAACAGCCAAUCCGCUGUCAAAUGGGCUAUGGAUAAUCUUGUAAAUAACAAGAGCCACAAUUGUAUACUCGUUCAUGUUCAAUCCAAAAUUGCGAGUCCAGAGGUUUGUAAUUUAUCAAAGGAAGGUCGUCCUCCAACGCAUCAAGAAUUGCAGCAAUUAUUCCUUCCCUACAGAGGAUUUUGUGCUCGAAAAGGAAUUGAAACAAAGGAAGUCGUUCUCCAUGAUAUUGAUGUUUCAAGUGCCCUUAUUGACUAUAUAGUUCACAACAGAAUUGCUAAUAUUGUUGUUGGCGCAUCUCAUAGGCAUGCUCUUACAAGGAAAUUUAAACAUGCAGACACUCCUUCUACUUUACUAAAAUCUGCACCAGAAUCAUGUGCAGUAUAUGUAAUAUCAAAAGGAAAAAUUCAAACUUUUCGCUUAGCGAGUCGACCUCGUACGCUAACUGGUUCUACACGUUCAACUAGUUCUGCACAUUCCACUGGUUCUGCAGAUUCAAUCAGCUCUGCAAAUGCUUGCCUGCUACAUCAAUCACCACCUCGUAACAGUAGUAAACAUAGCAAGUAUAACAAUGUAUGUACUACUGGGCAACCAAAUCUUUGGGAACAACGUCAUCUUCCAAAAGAUCGCCGGCCGUCUGUUGAUGUGUCUCAAAGAUUUUGUGAAAGCUGGAAAAGUGACGGUUCUGACAAAACAUCUUCAUCUUCUGGUGCCAGUGAAUUUUCAGGGCAACACAGUUUUCAAUCAAGUGGAAUAUCCUCUGAGAAUUUGGAAUUCUCUACCACGUGUGCUGGUUCAAAGAGCCCCGAUUCCUCACAAAUUGCAACAUUAGACGCAGAAAUGAAGAGGUUAAAGCUCGAACUUGAACAAUCUAUGCAAAUGUUUAGCUCAGUUAGUAAAGAAGCAGUUUUCGCCAAGCAGAUGGUGAGGAAGCUUCGUCACUUGCAAAAAUUGGAAGCACGUAAGACAGAGGAAACCACAGAAGACGCUGCAUUGACUUUAGAAGAAAUGGAGAAGCGAAAGACCAUAAUUGCUUUAGAAGCAGUACAAGCAGCAUCCCGAGCAGCAGAAAUAGAAGCACAAAAGAAGAAUGUAGAAAUGAAGGCCCAUCGUGAGGCAGAAGACAAGAUGAGAAAAAUGGAAGCAUUAGCCAACAAUGAUUUUCGAUGUAGAAGAUACACAAUUGAGGAGAUUGAAGUUGCAACAGAUCACUUUUCCCCUGCCAAUAAGAUUGGUGAAGGUGCAUAUGGCCCUGUUUUUAAAGGCAUGCUUAAUCACAUUGCUGUUGCCAUUAAGAUCUUAAGGCCAGACUUGUCACAAGGGCUAAAGCAAUUCAAACAAGAGGUUGAUGUUUUAAGCAGUAUGAGACAUCCAUACAUGGUUAUCCUACUUGGUGCAUGUCCUGAAUAUGGAUGCCUUGUGUACGAGUACAUGGAAAAUGGUAGCUUAGAAGACCGCCUCAAUAGAGAAGACAAUACUCCUCCAAUACCAUGGGGAAGGCGAUUUAAAAUUGCUUAUGAAAUUGCCACGGCCUUACUUUUCCUUCAUGAAACAAAACCAGAACCUCUAGUGCAUCGCGACCUGAAGCCUGCAAACAUUCUCUUAGACUGUAACUAUGUGAGCAAAAUCAGCGAUGUGGGCUUGGCCAGACUUCUUCCACCAUCUGCAGCUAGUGAUGUUACACAAUAUCGCAUGACAGCAGCAGCUGGUACAUUUUACUAUAUUGAUCCAGAAUAUCAGCAAACAGGAAUGUUAGGUGUCAAGUCAGAUUUAUACUCAUUUGGUGUAGUGCUGUUACAACUGCUUACAGCAAAACCUCCUAUGGGUUUAGCUUACCAAGUUCAGGAAGCUAUCGAGAAAGGAACAUUUUCAGAUAUACUCGACCAAUCAAUAACUGAUUGGCCUGUAAAUGAAGCACUAUUGUUAGCGAGGCUGGCAGUGCAGUGCUGUGAAUUGAGAAAAAAGGAUAGGCCAGAUCUUGCUUCUGUUGUUUGGCCAGAGCUUAAGCGGCUAAAAGAUCUUUCCAUGUCUCAUGAAGCUUCACAACAUAGGACAAUUUUGUCGCUACCCAGUCCAGAUGAUUUAGUUUCAGAAGCAAGCACUCAUUCAAAUGAGAUCAAUGCGAAAGGAGGAUGGCAGCUGCUGUACUUGAAUGGUGUGAAAAGGCUGAGGAGCUUGAAGAACAAUUCUCAAAAAUCAAGCAUUGAUCAUCGUCAUCAUGGUCACGAUCAACGUCGACCACGGCCUACAAGAAACCGCGCUGUUGGAAUAACAAAAAUGAUGCCAUUCCCUGUGUUUUGUUCUUCGUUUGGAAGCUGCACUGUUGUGCCUCAUCCUGCAACAUAAAAAUGCAGAAUGUUUGCUCUCUCUUUUUCGUAGCCAAGGGUGUCAUUGCGCCGUGACGCAUUCUUGAAGAGAAGCUGUCUUCUAAGAUUUUAGUCCAUGAAAAAACAAAAACCACCUCUUGCCAUUUACUAAUUAACAUAUGGUAAUUAAUUGCUAACAAGCUUCUAAGCUCCUUCAAUGAACCUCUUUAACAUGCCA